UACCUUCUCAUCUCAUCUCUCGGUGUUUCAUUUUGUGAGCUGCCGCCGCUGGGCUGCUGUCGGCGCUUCCUCCUGCCUCCCAGUGAAGGAUUACUGCUUCUUUUAAUCUGUUAACGGUUUAUAGAUACUUUAUAUCCCACCCUGAUACAUCUCCCUGCAUGGGAGACCUCACGGAUUCAAAGAUGAGCAGUUUGAGGGCGUUUAAGGAAUCAUUUGACAGAAGCAGCUCUGAACCUGUGGAGGACACAGACACCACCAGCUUUGUGGCAGAAUUUUCCCUGGAGGCCAAUUAUCCAGUGCAGGUGACAGAUCCUAACGCAGAUGCGGUGACACUCCACCUGAGCUCCAUGCCCUCUGGAUACCUGAUUCCCUCCUCAGACAGAAUAAGACAGCCUGUUCAAGAUGUUGAAGAAUGCACCUGCCCAACAUCUACUUCACCAGAUUACCCCAAAGAACUGCGGUUCCUCAGCAGCCCCUGUGAAAAGUGCUGCUGCCCAGCGCCUCCUCCGAAGAUCAGCGACCUCAUGAACGACAAGGAUCUCCUGGACUUAUUGCGGCUCAAGCUGGAUCCAAACCACUGCACCAUCAAAAACUGGAAAAACUUUGCAAGUCGCUGGGGGAUGAGCUACGAUGAACUGACCCUGCUGGAGCACCAGACCCAGGGCUCCUUGUCCCACAGCCCCACCCAGGAGUUCCUGCUGCGCUACAACCAGAAGACGGUCACUGAGCUCACUGAACUUUGCCGCAUCUACCAGCGCGUUGAUGUGCUGCGACUGCUGCAGAGCUGGAUAGAGAAGGACUGGCCGUCACGCUGGCAACAGACUCAUUAACCAGUUUGACUGUGUAUUUUUCCUCUGCCAGGGUUGUACUUGUUAGGGAUUUCUUCUUCUUCAUAAGCUUUUUAUCGUUAAUAACUUUAGCGAGUGAUCUUAAACGACAGAUAAAACCAUGACCAACAACUGAAAACUUCCUGUAGAGAAUGUCAGCAUCGCUGGGUGCUUCAGGACCUUACAGGCAGUAUAGCACUUACAAGACUUUAGGCAUGCUAGCGGUGUGGUUCUAUGGAUGGCAAUGUUGUUUUGCCUGACGGCCAAUCCGCCUGUUCUGUCAGUUCUGACAUUCAUGAUUUUAAUUAUACCUGUUAAAUAAAGACUUAUCUUAUGAUUCAUGGAGCAUGAAUCCUAUAACUCUGAAUAAAAUGAAUCCCCUGACUUUUCCUAUAGCGCUACCAGCAGGUCAAAGUUUCCACUUAUCUAGUGAAAUAUCUCAACAUUAACUUGAUGGAUUGGAUGGACAUUCAUGGUUCCUGAACGAUGCAUCCUAAUGACUUUGGUGAUCCCCUGACUUUUCCUUGUGGUUUCUAGCGCAACCACAAGGUUGGACAUUUGUAGUUUUGAGUGGAAUUUCUCAACAACUAUCGGAUGGUUUGCCAAGAAAUUUGGUGCACGCAUUCAUUUUUCCCUCAGGAUGAAUUCUUAUUUUUCUGGACUGUCAUCAUGAGGU